AUGAAGUACUUUUUUGUUUCAAUCUAUUUGUUUUUUUGUUGUUUUUUCUAUAAUAAUUUUGUUCUAAAUGAAAAAAUUAUUCCCAUAAGCCCUGCUGGCCGCAAUAAAUUAAAAAAAAAUAUUGAACACGAUGACGAUUUCAAAAUAAACAUACACGCCCCGGUUGAAGAUACACAAGAAGUACUUGAAUCUUUGGAUUCCUUAAUGAGGGUCGAAGAAAUUCAAAGAAAAGUCGAUGAAGAAGAGUUUAUGAACACUAAACAAAGAUUAUUAAAAGUCCACAAAAAAAGAAUUCAGGACAUUCUUGCGUCAGCAUUUGAACCUCUUCAUGACUUUUUACCAAAUCCAUUACAAUAUUUAAUCACUAAAGAUGUUCAUUCAUAUCUAAAGAGCUUGGAAGAAUGA